AUGCCCCCAGACAGUUGCGGAUUGGAGAUAACUCGCGAAGCUGCCAACGACAUCGAGAAGGAUGUACAGCGCACUUUUCCGAACACGCGUCGGUUUCACGCAGAAGAAGGGCAGACGCAGUUGCGGAAUGUGCUGCGAGCAUACGCGGCGUACGACCCUGAGGUAGCUUACUGUCAGGGCAUGAAUUUUCUGACGGGGCUGCUGUUAAUGUACAUGCCCUCGGAGGCGCACGCAUUUGCCGCGCUGGUAGUGCUCAUGGAGGAUCGGAAAUUGCGGAGCUUGUACCACCGCAGCAUGUCGCUGCUGCAGGUUCAAUUAUGGCAGCUAAGCCGACUGAUCAGCCCAGCACUGAACCAGCAUUUGGAAACGCUUGGCGUCGUACCCAUGCUGUACGGCGCCUCUUGGCUCAUGACUGCUUUCUCAGCAGAUUUUCCGAUCCCGUUCUCAGCCAGGAUUAUGGACGUGCUGUUAGCGGACCAGUGCGAAUGCGCACUGCUCAAGGUCGCCGCGGCUAUCAUGAAGGAGGUUGGAAACCGGCUUCGCUCAAUGAUGGAUUUGGAGGAGGUGCUGGGCUACCUCAAAAUUGAGGUGCCAGGCUGGGAGGAGGCGGAGCUUCACGACCUGCUGACCGCCGCCUUCACCAAGCCCUGGACUGCCCGUCAGCUCAGCAUCUUGCGCACCACGGAGGGCGCGGAGACGGUGGCGCAGGCCAUGGACCGAGUGCUUAACAUGCACGAGCAGCUCAGCGCGCAGACAUGCGACGAGGAGGAUGGUGGUGAGGACGGCGGAGGCGGUGGAGGUGGAGGUGGACGGAGCGGCGGGGACGGGGCUGGCGACGGUGGGGGUGGCGAGGUUCGAGUGGCGAUGCCUAUUCCGCGCCUUCAGCCGCCGCCGCAGCCGUCCAACAGCUUCACCGCCAGUCCCGCUUGCGGCACGCCUAUCAACGGCGGAAUGUACGGAACCGGAUCUCACGGCGGCGCCCCCAGCAGCGGCUCGCCCCUGGGACCUGUAGCUGCUGCUGUCGCCGCGGCUGCUGCUGCUGCUGCCGCCACCGCUGGAGGCGCAGGCAAGUGCUGCAUCGGCACAUCCGCUUCCGCAGCUGCGUCUGCUGCGCCGGCUUCCGCCGUACCGAGCCUGCCCGUUAUGGGCUACGCUUUAGGCAGCGCUGGCGGCGGCGACCUGAUUUCCUCGCUCCAGGGGGGCUCCUCUGUUAGCGGAUCUCCGGCUGCGUGGGGUAUUCCGUGCAUCCACCCCAACGUGCCCGCGAGUCCCGCCAUACAGGCCUUCAGGCGCGCGCACAUGAACAGUUUCCAAGCUGCCGUUACCGCUUCCGGUUUCGGAGCCCGUCACGGCAGUGCCUUCUACAACCCCUCGUUCCACUACGCGGAUGCUCGAGGCGGCUUCUACGGUGGCUGCGGUGGCGGUGGCCAUCACAGCGGCUUUAAUGCCCUUGGCCUUGAUGAAGCCUCAAUCGCCAGGUCGUACAGUACGGUAGCGGCUGUUGUGACGGGAGCGGGUGACGAGGACGCCGGUGGCUCGCCGCAAAGCGGUUACCCAUCAAGCCGUCGCCGCGGCUCCGACGGUUGCUCCCCGGAGGAAUGGGGUGACUUCAACGCCGCAGCUGUACGGCAUCACUGGCGGAGCAUUGUACGAGCGGCGCCGGGAGCGACGCGCCACGUGCUGCUGCACCCUGAGGACUUGAGUUCUAGUGCCGUCGUUUCCGGUGCAGCGUCGGCGAUAUCAUCAUGCGGCGGGGCGCUGGCGGCACCGCCGACGCCGACGUCACGUGAAUCGAGCGGCGGCAGCGCUAGCCAACCGAUUCCCGUACCGCACCCCUGUCGCGGCGCGUCGGGCUCGUCCGCCAUCGGUAGUGCCUUUGCCGCCGCCGCGGCAGCGGCGGUAGUCGCUGCCGGCGGCGGCGGCGCUGGCAGUGUGCCGGCGGCAGCAGUGGCUGGCAAGCCGCCGCUGCCGCCGCGCUGCGGGAGCUCCUUGGAGCGAGCGAGCGGGCCGACGUCGAUGCUGGGGGCUUUUUCCCGCCUCUCCGUCGUGGCAGAGGACCCCCUUGGCAUUCAGAUUGGCUUUGUGGCUCCGGCGCCGUCACCUCGCGGAUCCAUGGAUUCAAAUACCCUGUACCGCAGCGGGAGCCAGCCUCUCGAGCUGUAUGAGCAGCAGGGCCUACUACUUUGCGGUAACGGCGGUAGCGCCGCCGCUGCUGCCCCCGGCGGAGCCGCAGGAAGUGCCUCAUGUAACGGCGACUGGAUGUCCGGUACGGCAUCAGCCACCACCGGGGGCGCUAUGAUGUCGCCGUCGGCGAUUAGCGGUGCGGUGUCGCCGCAUGGUCUGGCGUCACCGCGGAUGUUAGCGGGCUGGAGCGCGUCCGGGCUGGCCAGUGGCGCCGCUGGCGGCGUCGGUGGCGGUAGCGCUGGCGGCGCGACGGGCAGUGAUACGCCGACGGCAGGCUACAUGCCAUUAGGGUUGGAGCGUGCGGUGUCUAGCUCCCUCCUAGACUGUACGUCCGGGUACGGCAACGCAGGCGGUGGAGGCUUGGCGUCGUACAUCGCAGAGCGAAGCUUCAGCUUAGCCAGCCCGAUGGCAGCGACGGCGCUGCAGCCGCAGUCUUUGCAGCUGCCGCAGCCGGCCACAGCUGUAGCUGCCGCCCUAGACGCGGCGCAUUCUGAUGCUGUCGCCCAGUCCUCCCUCGCCCAAGCACAAGCUAAAUCCAGCCAAUCCAACACCACCUCCCAGACCGCCUUUUCCCAGCAUGUGUACGACAAUCAACAGCUUCAACCGCAGCAACAGCAACAACAGCUUGACGCCGACAUGGCGACGGACAUUGCUGGCGAUAUCCUGCGCAUGCUGUCUGCGGUAGACACAGGCAACGCACACGUGGCCUACGACCCACGGGUCAUUUUGGGCGAAUCCAUGUAUGCGGACUCGCCCAACAAGGAGGAGCACAAGCUCGUCCGGCGGGGCUCGGAGAACCUCCGCCACCUGCCUUCCUCCUCGGCGUUGGCGGACAUGGCAGCCCAGGCCCAGCUACAGCAGCAAAGAGCCUCUGAGCGCCUCUCGGCGUCAGCAUCCGCAGCCGAUGCUACCGCCGCGACGGCAUCGGUUGCUGCCGCCGCGGCCGCAGCAGCAGCAGCGGCGGCGAUAAACGCCCCAACGGCGAUGGCAGCAGCUGCGGACAGAAGUGUCGGCACGGUCGACGCGGACAUGUCCAUGCAGUCGAGGAUGGCGGAGGCAGCAGCGGUGGCAGCGGUGGCUGCAGCUGCUACAGUCGCUGAGGGCGCCGCGAUGGAGGGUGCCGCUACGGCGACGGCGGCAGCGCCCAAGGGCCCGGCGAGUAGCGGCGGUGCUGAGGAACUUGUGUUCAAACGCCCGACGUUGUACGUGGACGGCAUUCCCAUGUUCGACCCGAAGAGCCUCAUGGCCGACGCCCAGGAAGCUCAGGUUUUAAAUUUUAUGCAGGUAAUGUUUACGCCUAGCGUGUCGCCAGGCGCCUCAUCGUACGCUGAUCCCGUACACGCGGGUUUCACGCCCACCGGUGACGUCACCACGCCGGGGGAGCAUCGUGACGGCAUCGGCAGUGACGGCGGUACCGCCGCCGCGGCCUCCGAAACCGUCACCGCGUCGUCGUCUGAUGGGAGGGAAUUGCCCCAUAUGGCUGUGAGGUCGUCGGAAAGCGGCGAUGAAGAUGGGACCGCGGGGUCAGCGGCGCCGCCAGGUGUCCCGGCGGAGCGGGUCUCUGCGGCGGCAGUGGAGGUGGCUCCCGCAACGGCAAGUCGCGGUGCUGCCGGUGAUGGCGUUACGACAGCGCCAGACGCGUCACUAUGCUCUGCCGCGGCAGCGGCGUCCGAGGUGACGGAGGCCACAGGAAAAGCCAUCGCCGAAGCGGUGACAGCAACGGUGGCGGAGGAGGAGGAACUCCGGACGCUGCCGUCGGCAUCUGAAUGGGUCGACUGGUCGCAGGCGCCUCCUAUCCAUGUCGUACCGUCUGUCGUUAUUCCGCGUUCAAAGCCUUCAGUAGCUGCGCCGGUCGCUAGGACAACAGCGGAGGUGGAGUUAGGAGCGGUGGUAACGGCGGUGGCAGCAGCGGCAGCGCCGUUGUCGCAGCCGCCACACCAACCCAUGAGUCGUUCAUGCCAUAUAGAGCGUGACCUGAUCGACAUGGCGUCGCCGGCGCGGCCUCUGCAGCCUUCCGCAGCCUCCGUGCCACCUCCGUUGACGCCGGGAAUAAGAGGUGACGGUGCUGCUGCCGUCGCGGCGGCGGCGGCGGCGUCGCUACCAGGCACCUGCACUGGUACUGGCCUCUCUCCCGGGCGCCACAACGCCACGACGGUACGGCACCCCCCGGGGUCAUUCAGCGAUCUCGCCGCCGCCGGUGGCACGAGCCCAAGUACGACUUGCUCGCUCAGUUCACAACAGUUGGCGUCGUACGGCUUGCUUCCCAUGACAAGCAGCGUAUCACAGGUGCCAUCAAUGGCGGCAGCACUCUCUUUUGUGAAUAGUACGGCGACGGGCGGCGCCAGCAGCACCUCAGGCGACGCCGACGGCGGCGAGAUUGGCGGCAGCGACUCUGCUGCGCAAGUUUCCGCUGAGGUGCCGACGCUGGCGGCGCUGCGUUCGUACAGCUUCGCCGGCAUGCUCAGGCCCCAAGUUGCCACUCUAACGCAACCCCGCUGCGACUCAUUAGGUGAGGAUGUACGAACUGGCGGCAACAGAGCUAGUGCCGUACAGAACGGCAUCAGUCACGACAUGGAUGUCAACGGCAACAUAGAUGGCGUCUUUGGUGGCCUUGGCGGUGACCGUCGUCCCUCAAAUGAGCCUGUUGAGGUUUCCAAGUCACAGCCACUGCCGCCCCCGGUGGCGUUGACGGUGGGAGAGCCCUUAUUGCAAGAGUGCUUCUCGCCGAACCUGGUGUCACUGUUACCAUCAGCUGGCGGCGCUGACGCCACAUCUGGCGGGGGCGACGGCGGCGGCAGCGGCGGCGGCGGCGACGAGCAGAAGUGGCGAGCCAAAGUUGGCAAUGGCGGCUCUUGCGGUGCUCCCCCCACGUUGGUAGUGGUGGCGGAGGCGAUGGUCUCGGAGCCAUCAGCUCCCGAGCAAGAACCGUCGAGCGACGGCGGCGACGGCGACGGCGGCGGCGGUGUCGAGCAACGGCAUCGCGAAGGCGAGGAGGUGAAAACUCCCGGACCCAUCUCCUCGUCCGGCGCAACCCAUGGCCCCGGAACCGGCUGGUCGACUCCAGCUGGCACAAGCAGGCUGGGGGUCCUUAAGGGAGGAGGACGCGGAGACUUUCAUCGGGGCCGUCGUGGGUCCAUGGCCUCCACUUUUCGGGGCGGCGGCGGUGGCAGCAGCUCCUUCCUUGCGGAGCCGCAAGGAAGCCUGGAGUACGAGGCGGAUGGCGAGGAGGUGGAGAACUCUCCCUUCCGCGCCGCGCUGAGUCCCUCCCUGGCGCAUCACAUCAUGUCGGCUUACCUUCGAACUCAUUUGGCGGUUGUGGAGGAGCUCGGGUUGUGUGGUGUGGCGGGGCCGGCCACGACGAGUAUAGCAUCAGGCGUUGUGUCGCCGGUGCUCGGAUCGCCCGGGCGGCCGCCUGCUGGGUACGGCAGCAUUUACGGCCCGUCAACGGCGGCGAUCGUGGCGGCGGCGACUGGACAGCAGCAGCCCCAUCAUCUACAGCAAGCCACCACGAAGGUGGCAUUGACGCCAUUUGCGUUGUCGAUGGAAGAUCCAAGCGCUUGUCGCCUGUCGGCGGAGGUGUUGCAGGCCAUGCCACCGGCGCCCCCGCCGGCGCUGGUGCUACAGCCAGACACGCCAACGGUGCCGCUUCACGCAAUGCCUGCGGCGGCUAGCGGCUCAGCAGUCGACGGCAGGGGACAGAUUUCCGGUCGUACAUCGCUGCGGUGUACAGGCAGCGGAGAGGGCGACGGGCCCUUGGGCAUGCUGUCAGGUGGUGUUAUAGCCGGCGGCGGCGGCGGCGCUGGUCCACGGAUCUCCGCUAACGGCGCCGUACAGCAGCACCUGUCGGUUCUAAGUCAUGUGACCGACGAGGGUACGGGUGUCUUGGGUAUGGCAUUAGGAUUACCUGGUUCCAUGGCGGGGCUGCCGGCAGCGGCGGCGGCUGCUACGGCGACUGUGGCACUACAGUCGCUGACGAAUCAGGGCUGUGGUACGCGUGCUUGCGGCGGCAGUGCCGGCGGCGCGACGCUGCCACUGCUGCCGCCGCCGCCACCACCCCAGGUUCCUUUGUGUCAGAGCGCCGUACGGCUUGAGCCCGUGCGCACGUCGGCAGCGCCACCACCGCAACACGCCUCACUGCCGCUGCCGUUGCCGCCGGUGCUAUGCGGCAGCAGCGCUACGGUGCUGUGCGUCGCCGACGGGGACGGCAGCGACGCUGCCGCCGUCGCUGCGUGCACGCCUGUGGCCGCCGCUGUCAGCGGCGGUGGCGCCCCGAUCGCCACAACGUUGCUUUGCCCACAACCUGCGCCUCCUACAUGGACCGCAACCUUUGACGGCGUCGACGACACGCCGACGUCAGACGUGACGCCGACGAACGGCAGCGGUCCUGCGCCGCGGGCGCUAUCUUCAGCUUUUGCAGCCGAGGCAGACACGCCGGGCUAUGGCGGUGGCGCCACCAGCACCACCAGUACCACCACUGGAGCCAUGUCAGCGGCCGAGGCACGAACCCUUCCCCAUGCGUCGUGA